GGCUGAUUGACGGCUCUCGGUCUAGAGGCGCUGUGCUUUGCCGAGUCGCUUUGUGUAGACAACAAACGUACACAUACGCCGCAUAGACCAAUGAGUGUUGGGUUACGCAUACGAGGGAUCGUCUCUAUAAUCUAGCUGACGUACACACACUCACACUAGCUACACAAUUAUGGGGCGACGUACACCCACCCAACAUUAACCACAGGAGCUACCUAGCAAAUGACCUAGCAACUCGACUCGGCCCGCAACGCCACGCCACUCACACCCGCGCCCCUCCUAGCUGCUUCCCAGUGUGUGUCUUGUCCAUCACUGUCUCUCUAUGGCACAGUGAGCUCACACAGUGGGCCUGUUCUGCUGUGGCCGCGAGGGAGAGGAGGGGAGGCUUCUCUCUGUGAACUGGCCCUCGUGCUGAAGACAUACGCCACACACACACACCAAUGUGCAUGGCUUCGCUGGUGCGUUUGUGUGUCGGCUCACGACUGGGUGAGGGCAUCCGAACUUUUCAUUCAAGAUCUGGGUGAAUGCCCCUUGCACCUUCAAGAACUGACACUCAAACAGCACAGCACAGCACGCCAGAUAUAAGAAUCAACAUCACUACAGUCCUGCUCGCUUCUUUGUACUUUGGUUGGGUGUGGGUCUUUCAGCAAAACGACAAUGCGGAUCUCCUGCCAGCAUCGGGGGUGACAUCCUGACACCCACACACACUCACACAUGGUACACAUGCUACCGACCAACCAUCCCCCAUAUGAUGUGUCACAAGUCAGCCUGUCCGUGAGUGGGUACCUACCGCUGUGCAAGACGGGCGAGCUGGGUGAGUCGGCCUGGAUUUUCUUCGGCCCUUUCUCUCCGUGCUUGUAGAAACCCACGUUGUGCAGGGGGUUCCUCUCGCCAGUGCCGUGGUGCAGCUCGCGAACUGUUGUGACAUGCACACAUACACGCACACACCACACACACACACACCAUGUGUGCAUGGUGGUAGAGCGAUUGGACGACGUGUUUCGCUGCCCACCGUCGACGAUAAUGUCGUCCUUUGAGACUUGAGCCCCCUGCGAUCCGUCGAGGUGGGUGUGCUGGCGGGAGUUGGCGAUGCGAGAUAUAUUGUCCUCGUUCAUGUGCUUCUCAACCUCAUCUAUCGGCUUGUCGAUGAAGUGCUCACCUUGCACAUCAACACACAGCACAGGUGAGUGAGUUGCAGGCAUAUGCUGGCUGGCUGUGUGUCAGCGGGUGAUUACCAACGACGCGAUAGAUGUCUCGCUGCUCCAGGCGGAGGAACAGGCUCUUGGCCCUGAUUUAGAAAGCAGCAAGGAUGGAUGGCCUUCUCUGUGUCCGUGGUCCGACUGACUCUUGCAGGCCCGGGUCGUUCGUAUCGUCGCUGCCACGAAUCAUCUGCAGGUACGCGCGCCCGCACAUGCAAACAAGUACAUCGCCAUGCUUUUCUGGCUCAUGGUGUGUCCUCCUGUUGAUGCACACGUACAUCUUCAAGUGAGUCGGUGAGGUACAGGUAGCCCUCGCAGUUGCCGUCCUCGAUGAUCUCCCUGACGGUCAUGCGCUUCCUCUCCCCCCCGCCCUUGGGCGUCACGAUGAAGGAGAUCGAGUCCUUGGCCGCGUUGAUGGCGCCACAAACCUGAAGGCAUGAAUAGAUUUGAUGUGUGGAGAUGUGUGUACAUCUAUUGUGUGAGUUUCUGACCAUGUGUUCCUGCGCGAUGACCUUGCUGUGGGUGUACACCUGCGAAGGCAGGCAGGCAAGCAGUCAGCCAGGCAGGCAGAGGGCAGACACGAAGUCGCCGUUGCUGAGCCAGCCACCUCACUUGGUCACUGACCUUCUUGAACAGCGAGUAUCUUGUCUGGUACAGCUCCACGACAGACUGCACCUCUUUGCUGGGAUAGCAUAUCUCCCCAUCUAUCACCAUCGCCUUGCUCAACAGACGAUCCGGAUUGUAGCUGGCACAUACACGUACAGACAGAGCACACCACACAUGGCUGAAUGAAUGGACACGUCCGCCUGUCUGGCUGCCUCACUCACCGUGGGAGCGUCCUUGGCGAGAUGCUCGCAUCGCGCUGCAGGUAGUCCAUCCUGCAUCCCAUACAGCACAGACGUCUCGAAAGAGACAGUCAUUCUGUGUGUCGGCGAUGAGAGGUCUACCGCUCAUCGCCGACACACAGCCCCUACCUGUCUGUAUCGAGGCCGUUGCGUUUGUUGGCGACGAUGUCGUACGCUGCCCGCUCCAGCGCAUCGAUUGGGGCGCCACUCUUCACAAACGGCCGAUCCUCUGGACGGGAUCUGCACAUCCACAGACAUAUCAGGCCCUGUAUGCUGUGUUGCUUGCUGGCUCGACUCACCCUUGAAUGAAGUCCUUGACCACCUGGCGGCCGUCGAGCGCAUCGAUCACCUCGGCAGCCUGAUGAUAUCGACCUAUGUGAGUGUGCCUCUCUUCUUCACGUCGCCGACUUACAAGCCACCUUUGGGUUGGUCGCGAUCAUGUCAUCGAAGAGGGCAAGCGACAUGUCCUCGUGACACCAAUUCUCAACUGCACACAUACACACACACAGCACCCAGAAUGAUGGGCGCCCUGUCUAUACGUGUGUGUGUAUGCUGCUCACGUCCAGGGAGCUUCCUCACAAGACCAAACUCGAACGUGUGACUCAUCGGGCCAUGGCCGAGGUCGUGACACAGGCCAGCAAUCUGCAGCAGACGGCUCAGACGUACCACACGCGGAUCGCUCAAUGAAACUCCCGCUUUGCUGACAACGAAAUACCACACAGGUGGAUGGAUAAACGACUGUUGCUUGCCUACACGGCGAGCAGCUCAAAGGCCUUCUUGGACAGAUACGCAACGCCCAGUGAGUGUUCGAAUCGUGUGUGCACGGCCCCCGGGUAGACCAAAUGGCAUGCGCCGAGCUGCUUGAGGCGCCUCAGCCGCUGCACCUGCGGCGUGUCGAUGAAACUAAACAACUCACGGUCGAAGGACAAUGAAUCACUGAAGGAAUCGACAAGCAGACCAAGCAAGGAGCGAACAAAUGAGCGAAUGAGUGAAUGAGUGAUUGCCUUCAUUCAUUCACUGUGACUGUGUGACUCACUAGAUUCGGUCGCUGACGGUCCUGACUGUCUUGUCGGUGAGCUUUGGCGGCACCGAGUCGAGCAGAUCCACCAGCUUGCAGAGGUCCACGGGGCUCUCCACCCAGUUGGCCAGGUGGUCCUCCUUCUCCCGCCGUGUCUUGGUGCUGAGCAUGCUGCACAGCCGCUGCACGUCGUCAAGCGUCAUCCGCUUUUUGUCCGGCAUCUCAACCUCCUCUGUCUCGCCACUCUUGCGCAACGCCUGCAUUCACCCACGUCAAUCAAUGAAAAUGAAAAACACAGGGCGACAGGAGUUUUCGUUCACUGCUUCCGUCGUUCGGACCGCUUCCAGGUUCCUUUUGAUGUGAAUGAGCCCGUGAUGACGCAGCCACCUGGCCAGGUCGGAGUCGCCCGCCGCGCCGCCCUCCGUGUGGCUCUUGAUGGCGGCAAAGAGCGCCUCCUUGUCGGCUUGCGCCACCUGGCAUCGCUGACACAGCCGAUCCAGCUGGUUGGAUGCUUCAGACAGGCGGAUGAGCGUCCCUAAUUCGCCAAGCCCAGCCUUGGCAAAGGGCUCCUGGAGAUGCUGCAGGUUGGCUGAGGAAAGGAGGUCACCCAGGGUGUAGGUGGGCUGCUCCGCUUUGAGUCUCUUGGGUGGCCGCUCCAUUGCUUGCAUGCUUAGGUACAAGAACCAGAAGAGUGGCCACACAAACAUUCACCGCGCAAAACAGUUC